AUGAAUGGUAUUCCCAAGCACGAGCGCCGGUGGGCGUCCGACACUGUUCCUGGAAGAGCAACUGUUAGCGCCGGAACUUCGCCGGGAACUGAGUCGAACUCCGCUGCGGAGGAGUUCGUCGAGGUUACGCUUGAUCUUCAAGAUGAUGACACUAUCGUUCUUCGAAGCGUCGAGCCAGCUUCGGUGAUUAACGUCGAGGAGAGCGUCGCCGGCAGCGGAUACGAGACUCCGGCGUCGGUUACGCGGUCUCCGACCAUCCGGCGGAGCUCGUCGCGAGGGUUCCGGCAGUUCUCGCAAGAGCUGAAGGCGGAGGCGGUGGCCAAGGCGAGGCAGUUCUCGCAGGAGCUUAAAUCGGAGUUGCGGCGGUUCUCGUGGAGCCACAGCCAGGCUUCGCGCACGCUCUCGUCUUCCUCCGCUCCGAACGGUGCCGGAGGCGGAUUCGAAACGGCGCUGGCGGCUCGCGCUCUCAGGAGGCAACGCGCGCAGCUUGAUCGCACGCGCUCCGGCGCGCACAAAGCGCUUCGUGGUCUGAAAUUUAUCAGCAGCAAAUCUAAUGGUGUUGAUGCGUGGAACGAGGUGCAGAACAACUUCGAUAGACUCUCAAAGGACGGUUUUCUCUAUCGCGCCGAUUUCGCUCAAUGCAUAGGUAUGAAGGAUUCGAAGGAGUUUGCUUUGGAGCUGUUUGAUGCUCUGAGUCGGAAACGAAGGUUGAGAGUUGACAAGAUCAACAGGGAAGAACUGUUCGAGUUCUGGUCGCAAAUUACCGAUCAAAGUUUCGAUUCGCGGCUUCAGAUCUUCUUCGACAUGGUGGACAAGAACGAAGAUGGGAGAAUCACCGAAGAAGAAGUGAAAGAGAUAAUCACGUUAAGCGCUUCAGCAAAUAGGUUGUCCAGAUUGAAAGAACAGGCCGAAGAAUAUGCAGCUCUGAUCAUGGAAGAGUUAGACCCCGAAGGACUUGGUUACAUCGAGCUAUGGCAACUGGAGACGCUUCUUUUACAAAAAGACACGUAUCUCAACUACAGUCAAGCUCUAAGUUACACAAGCCAAGCUCUGAGCCAGAAUCUACAGGGGUUAAGGAAGAAAAGUCCAAUACGAAGAAUGAGCCGAAGAUUGAUCUACUAUUUGCAAGAGAAUUGGAGGAGACUUUGGGUUUUAACACUGUGGGGUUGCAUAAUGAUUGGGCUGUUCACGUGGAAGUUUAUCCAGUACAAGCAGAAAGAUGCAUUUCAUAUCAUGGGUUACUGUCUUCCCACGGCUAAAGGUGGGGCUGAGACUCUAAAGUUCAACAUGGCCCUUAUACUCUUGCCUGUGUGCAGGAACACCAUAACAUGGCUCAGGUCUACAACCAAGCUGGGCUAUGCUGUACCUUUUGAUGACAACAUUAACUUUCACAAGACAAUUGCUGGGGCCAUUGUGAUUGGUAUUCUACUUCAUGCCGGGGAUCACCUUGCUUGUGAUUUUCCACGACUUGUAAAUACGUCUGAAGAAAGUUAUGAAAGGUAUUUGAAAGGUGUAUUUGGUCAUCACAAGCCCAGUUACGGAGACCUAGUUAAAGGGGUCGAGGGUGUGACUGGAAUUUUGAUGGUGGUUCUUAUGAUAAUAGCAUUUACACUUGCAACCAAAUGGUUCCGGAGAAAUCUCAUUAAGCUGCCUAAACCAUUUAGUAGGUUCACUGGCUUCAAUGCCUUCUGGUAUUCACAUCAUCUGUUUGUCAUUGUCUAUGUCCUUCUCAUCAUCCACGGAACAAAACUUUACCUCGUGCAUAGAUGGUACCUUAAAACGACAUGGAUGUAUCUUGCGGUUCCAGUUUUACUUUAUGCGUCUGAGAGAAUAAUAAGACUAUUUCGUUCUGGUUUGUAUACAGUCCGUCUUGGAAAGGUUGCCAUAUAUCCUGGAAAUGUUCUCACCUUGCAAAUGUCUAAACCUCCUCAAUUUCGCUACAAGAGCGGACAAUACAUGUUUGUACAGUGUCCUUCUGUUUCACCGUUUGAGUGGCAUCCGUUCUCUAUUACCUCAGCCCCUGGCGACGACUACCUGAGUGUUCAUAUUCGGCAACUGGGUGAUUGGACACAGGAGCUUAAAAGGGUGUUCUCUGAGGCCUGUGACCCUCCUGUAUCCGGGAAGAGUGGGCUUCUCAGGGCUGAUGAAACCACUAAGAAAAGUUUGCCGAAGUUAAAGAUCGAUGGACCUUACGGUGCACCGGCACAAGAUUAUAAAAAAUAUGAUGUUUUGUUACUAGUCGGUCUCGGGAUAGGAGCAACACCUUUCAUCAGCAUUCUAAAAGAUCUUCUCAACAACAUCAUCAAAAUGGAGGAAAUGGCGGAUUCAAUCUCGGAUAUAAGUAGAGGUUCAGACCUUAGUGUUGGGAGUACUGCUGAUUCACCAUCUCUUAAUAAAAUUGCACCAAAACGGAAGAAAACACUGAAGACUACCAACGCUUAUUUUUACUGGGUUACAAGAGAGCAAGGCUCUUUUGAUUGGUUCAAAGGAGUCAUGAAUGAAGUAGCAGAGCUUGAUCAAAGGGGUGUCAUUGAGAUGCACAACUACUUGACUAGCGUAUACGAGGAAGGGGAUGCGAGAUCCGCCCUCAUCACCAUGGUACAAGCACUCAACCAUGCGAAAAAUGGAGUUGACAUUGUUUCUGGGACUAGACCCCAUUUUAAUGGCAUAAUCGGAGUGAGUAAAUUUAAAACCUCGCUUGCUUCUUUGAAUCCCUACUACCAGGUGCGAACUCAUUUUGCUAGGCCUAACUGGAAGAAGGUUUUCUCUAAAAUGUGCUCCAAACACUUUAAUGGACGAAUAGGGGAUUCCAGGAAUUCUAGAAAACUAGUGAAGCAAAUAACUCACCUCUGCUUCUGCUUGGAUCCUAACUGGGAGUGGGGGAUUAUAUAUAUCUAUGUAGACGAGAUAGAGUAA